AUGGUAGGCACUGAUGAUACUCUCUCCGAUGAGAGUGUUGAAGAAAACCGACUGGAACAAGUCCUUCAACAGAUGGAAGGAAACCCAGAGAACGCCGAGACCGCCCAGCUGCUGAGGCAGUGGAUCAAUGGAAUGAGUGAUACCCUGAGAAUCCUGAAGCAGGAAAAGAAGACAAAUGAACGCCUUGAGGAAAAGAUCAAGGAUCUCGCGGAACAGAUCGAACGGUUGACCGAAGAGAACGAAAUGCUGAAAUCACUGAACGCUAUGGAUAGAGGAUAG